CCCCCCCACCCCAUGGACAUGCUGGAACCCGGUCUGGAUACAGCCACCGCCUCCGCUGCUUCCAGCCACGAGAAAGAUCAAGAAAGUGAAGAUGGAGUUGAGCUACGAGAAGGGGACGGCACAAAUGCAGACGAACAGACAGCAGUGGCCAUUGCCAGUGUCCAGCAAGCAGCCUUUGCAGACCAUAAUAUCCAGUAUCAGUUUCGAACAGAGAACAAUGGAGGACAGGUGACAUACAGAGUCGUUCAGGUGACGGACAGUCAGCUGGAUGGACAAACGGAUGCAACGGGGGCCGUUAGCGUGGUCUCGACCACAGCUUUCGCCAGUGGCCAGCAAGCUGUUGCUCAGGCUGUGAUUCAGAACCCUUUCAGUAACGGUGGGAGUCCAGCCACAGAUGCUGUUAGUGGUGAAGCCCGUUUUGCAUAUUUCCCUGCUUCCACAGUGGGAGAUGGCACAGCAGUUUCCGUACAGACAACCGAUCAGUCGCUGACACAAGCUGGAGGUCAGUUCUACGUGAUGAUGACCCCCCAAGACGUGUUGCAGACCGGAACGCAACGUACCAUAGCUCCCCGCACCCACCCCUAUUCCCCGAAAAUGGACGGGACGCGGACGCCACGAGAUGAGAGGCGAAGAGCUCAGCACAAUGAAGUUGAACGGAGGAGGCGGGACAAGAUCAACAAUUGGAUCGUACAGCUGUCAAAAAUCAUUCCAGACUGCAAUACAGACAACACCAAGACGGGGGCGAGCAAAGGGGGCAUCCUCUCCAAAGCCUGCGACUACAUCCGGGAGCUGCGCCAGACGAAUCAGCGUAUGCAGGAGACGUUCAAGGAAGCCGAGAGGCUUCAGAUGGACAAUGACUUGCUACGGCAACAGAUUGAACAGAUGAAGACCGAAAACACCCUUUUGAGAGCACAGCUUCAACAACACGGAAUUGAAAUGGUGGGCGACACCCCAGGGCAGUAGCCCCCCUUUUCCUUCGCCUCUGCCUACCUACCGAAUCUCAGCCUCCCAAUUCUUCUGGGUUUUUUUUUGUUUGUUUGUUUUUUGUUUUGUUUUUUUUUAUAUAUAUAUAUAAACCGAAUCCUCGCCUCCCGACAACAAUGAGACAGCGAAACCGUC